UCUGCGUGUACGUAUCUCCAAUGCAAAGUGCUGUUUUAAAAAUCUGAACUUGAUUUUACAAAUGCCUUUGAACAUUUUUUAAGAGUCCUGUAAUUGAAGACAUUGAAUUUUUACUGUGUAUCGUUGAAGGAGAGAAAAUAAUCAAUACUACGUGCUUGGUUCUUAAAUUAUGUGGACAAAUGUUAUUAUUUUAAUUUCUUUCUAUUAGAAAUGUUGAUGUCAAUUACAUGUUAUUCUAAUGAAGAUACGAAACAAAUGCAUAAAAAGACUGCAAAAUUAAAACAAUUAUAAAAACUUUCGAUUAAAGAAAGCCAAUUUUUCAAGAAUCAAUGAAAUGGCACUAUCAAGUGAAUGUUGCCCAUCAUUAUAUUCAUAGAUUUACAUUCCAAUCACCCAGACUUUAUGUUAACUGCACUUGUUAGCUGUGACUUAGUUUUCCCAUGAAACACAGAAAUCAAAUGGCUCUGGGACUGAGUCAACCUACUCCGAUUCCUGGAUACAACCCCAUGGUGUUCCUGCCAACACUAAACUUCUCAAUCAACCAAGUGGCCGCCGUCUGUGAGACCUUGGAAGAGAGUGGGGACAUCGAAAGACUGGGCCGUUUCUUGUGGUCAUUGCCAGUUGCCCAUCCCAACUGUGCAGAACUCAAUAAGAACGAAUCUGUGUUAAGGGCAAGGGCCUUGGUGGCCUUCCACACUGGGAACUUCAGAGAACUUUAUGGCAUACUCGAAAGUCAUCGAUUUACCAAGGUAUCCCAUUCUAAAUUGCAGGCCAUGUGGCUAGAAGCUCACUACCAGGAAGCUGAGAAGCUGAGAGGAAGACCCCUGGGUCCUGUGGACAAGUACAGAGUCAGGAAGAAGUACCCUUUGCCCAGAACGAUUUGGGACGGCGAGCAGAAGACGCAUUGCUUCAAGGAACGAACUAGAAGUUUGUUGAGGGAAUGGUACCUGCAGGAUCCGUAUCCCAAUCCCACGAAAAAGAAAGAGCUGGCACAGGCGACCGGACUGACGCCGACCCAGGUGGGGAAUUGGUUCAAGAAUCGCCGACAGAGAGACCGAGCAGCUGCGGCGAAAAAUAGGUUACUGCAGCAGCAGAUGCAACAACAGCAGCUGUCCCACCACCAGCAUGGAACAGCGUCUCAACGAGGACCCCACCACACAGCGACCCAGGGGGUACACAACGGUAACUCAGGCCUGCACCAUAGACUAUCCUCCUCCUCUUCCGAUCACAUCCGAGGGGGUCCAGGAGAAACAACUGAUGACGGAGAGAACACCAAUGGCAGUUUUGGAUCAUUCGAUGGUGGAAGCUCCCCUCAAUGUCUGAGUCCGGCUCCUGUGUCUACCACUUCGGACUCCAGCAGGACACCCUCUCCAGGACAUCACGGAAUGCAGAGGCAAAGUCUAAACCUCAGCCAGCAUCAUCACAGGCAUGAUCCAUUGGCUUCAAUACUACAUAGAGAUAGGCAUGAUCGGGCUUGAAGGACAUAAGAAAGAUUUUUUUUUUAUUUCUGUUAUUCCAAUGGGUGUCCCAGAAUUUCAGUUGUUAGGUGUUCUAACAGCAAUUUAUGUGCAAUGUCAAAAGAUGUGUGAUAACAUGGAAGAAAUGGGAAAGUUAUUUAGCGGAAUAGACUUCGAAAUCUAGUGGCUGGGUGCUUCAGAACUGUUCAUAUCUCCCAUAAAUGUAGCUUCAACGCUUAUCAAAGCUUUAUAUAUAGUAUCAAUAUAUAUUAAUAAAGGUGAUAUCAAAUUAAACUGGAAUCACAUCGCCUCAUCAUAAAUGUUUGUCGUGCUCCUUCCGCCCCACAGAAUGAUACCUUAAGGAAUAAAUAGAUGUGUCUGAUUCUUUAUUGGAAAUAAUCGGAAAAAAAACCCCUCCUAAGCAAUUCUCUAAAGAACAUUGUUUAAAAGAUAUUUUCUUAUUUCAUUUAAAUAUUUAUUCAAUAAGCAAAGAAAGAGUCAAUCAUUACAAAGUUGGUCACAUAUCUAAUUAAUAAAAUGUUAUCUCAUGAAACAACGCAACAUAAAAUAUUAGAACAGAAUUCCAGUGGUUUUAUAUAGAGUAUAUCACCAGUUAAAUUUGAUUUGGUCUCUAGAAGGCUAAAAUUGCGUGGAAGUUAAUUGAACUUAGACUUCACCAUGCACAAAUAGGAAGUGAUUUUGCUCACAACAACAUCUUAUAACAAUAUUUGAUUCUUCAAAGAUAUUAUCAUAAAAUAAAGAUUUAUUGCUAAUAGAUUAUUUAAGUCUGUGCAUGACAUUCAAUCUAUGAUAACAAUGGAAAAUACGACGGACAAAUAUUAACUCUUCAGAAAUUGUGAUCAACCCUAAUUUGUGUUGUUAUUUGGAACGAUACUCAUUAAAAUCUUCCGACUUCAUCAGGAUGACUAAUAGCUCGAAGCAUAACUCACUAGUUUUCAGAUAACUCCUUAUCAUCAUUUGCUGUGUUCGACCUAUUCGUGCUCAGUCUAAAACUAAAGGAAUUAAUGAGACUGUCGGUUGACAUUUUAGAACAGUACUUAAUUAGAAUCUGCUAAUUACAUUACACUGUCAUUUCUGAACUCACGAACUUUGUUUCGAAUAAUAGGAACUGUCAUCCAUCAACGUCAGUUUGACGCUGUUUAUUGGAAGUGUUUAUGUACAUUGAAGUCCAUUUCGUGCACAAUGAUAUAAGUUGCUUCUAGGUUCAUCAAAGAAAAAAAAAGUGACUUUGUUUAUAUGUAUAAAUGAGACAUUUAAGUCUAUGAUGUCUGUGUGUGUGUGAAUGUUUUGAAAAAUAUUCGAAUAGCAGAUGUUUCUGUAUGUGUAUAUGUGUACAUAGGAUCAAAAUAUCUUUGAGAACAAUUUUGUGUUUGAAAGGAUGACGUUAGAAUAUUUUGGUUUUUACAGAUUGUUAAAUAUGAAUGUUUCGUUUUACUAAAGAGAAAGUUGUUUAAAAGCAACUCCUUACAAAUUGUAAAAAUAUUAAUAAUAAGUUAAAAUUUUCAUUUUAUUUGAGG